CAUUGGGAAUUGGGAUAAGAUAUUAAUACUCUAUCGUUCUUCAAGCUUUGGGGAAAUCCGGCAAUGGCCUCCAUUUGCCAUUCGAUUUCGCUUCCUCCUUUAUCCAAAUCCACAAAAAUCUGUAGACUCCGACCUAUCCACGCGCUCCUUCGCAACUCAACGCCGCAUUCCAGUUCUACGCUCUCGUUUCGGAGCUGCAGAACUCAAGCCACCAGCUCAACGCCGUCCACCGCCGUCGGAGAUGCUCGGGGAUCUAACGAGGAGUCGAUGAGCAUCGAUAAUCUUCGCCGUUUCUUCGAGCUGAACUCGGGGAAGUGGAACGGUUCUUUCUUUCAAUUUGACGCUCGAGGGAAGUUGCUGCAUCAGAUAAGUACAAAGAUUGCUGCGAGCUCUUAUGGAGAGGAUGAACUUAUCAGUCUCAUUCAAACAUUAUACAUUAAACAGCCUCCAUCAAGCUUUUCAUUUUCUGGUAAUGACGAUGAAGCCGAGUGGGCGGAGUACAAAAUAAAAGAAACCAAUAUGUUCACUGUGGACAAAUACCAGCAGAUUGGAUUUUUCCCCAAUGUGAAAGCAUUUUCUCUAAGGUACCAGACGGCUGGGAUGUUGGAAACUGUGCUGAGGCAAGGGGUGCUGGGUGAGGAUGAUACUGGUGAAGAAUUUCCGAAAAACCUCAAACUUCCUUCACGCCGACCGUCCAUUGUAUGCGAGAAUUGCCUGUAUAUUCCAGACAAAGAUCUGAGGGCAAGAGCUUUCCACAUAAUGGACCCAAAAGGAAUUAUUGAAAUGCUUCUUAUCUUUCUUGAGGAAAGGACUGACGGAAUAACUUUUCAGCCUCCUCCUAACUCAAAUUUGGUAAAUGGUGAGGAAAACAGGCUUCUGCCAUUUCUUGGUGACUGGAAAGGCCAUUCUAGWACAAAAAGAAGUGGUGUUUAUGGAUCCACGAUUGCUGAAGCGGACACCCUUUCAUCCCUUCAAAUGGAUAAUAAUGGUCAGAUUGUCCAGGAUAUCASAACAACAUCAAGCAAUGGAGAUAUCACCACAUACGUGCACUGGACUGGUACUAAAUCAGAAAAUCUGGUCACGUUUGAUGGAGGGUAUCAGAUGACAUUAUUGCCCGGCGGAAUGUAUAUGGGAUGUCCAUGUGAUGUAGCCAAAAGUGUAGCAGAAAGCAAGUCCUUUCACUUGGAAUUCUGCUGGCUCGAAGCUCCAGGCAGAAGACAGAGACUGGUUCGUACUUACGAUGUGGAAGGUUUGGCUGUCUCAUCGACCUAUUUUUCUGAGAUUAAACUGUGAAUGCUCCUUCCAUCCAUUCCAACUACACUAGAACGAGUGAAUGUAAUUUUUCAAACAGAAAUAAGAAAUAAGAAAUAGAAUCGUUAGGUUCUUCUUAUCUAUAA